UCACCUCGGGAGGCUAGUUUGACACCACUCGAAGCAUUCAAUAUUUGUAUUCUAUGAGGCUCAUUGUGUGACAAUUAUUGUUGUCCAUAGAAUCGCCACGCACGGCAAGUAAUCCACGCACAGCCAGUCGGUCCCAAGCUUAUUACACACUCCUCUGCAAUACCAUACUGAGCAAACAUUUCCAGACUGACAUGAUGGCAGAGUCCGGUAACAGUGACAUUCCAAUCGAGGCCCGUCCGACGUGGGCCUCGAAGAAAGAGUUUUUCUUGGCCUGUCUUGGUUGGGCCAUUGGCCUGGGCAACGUGUGGCGAUUCCCCUACUUAUGCUAUGAAAAUGGUGGAGGUGCAUUUCUGAUCCCGUACUUUGGUGCACUCUUUCUGGCCGGUUUACCGACCUUCUUUCUUGAUCUAGUGCUUGGACAGUACAGCAGUUUAGGCUGUAUAUCGGUCUGGAGAGCCGUACCUUUACUGAAAGGAUUAGGUUUCAGUCAAGUCGUCUAUUCUUUCAUUGUUGGCUCCUACUACAACGUGGUCAUUACAUAUUCAGUCUUCUAUUUCUUCGCGUCGUUCACAUCCAAUCUCCCUUGGACUGGGUGCGACCACGAGUGGAACACCGCCCUCUGUAGCAGUCUGGUCUCCGACUGUCUGGGCGCAGACGGCGUCAUCACAUUUAAUAACACGUGCCAGAAGCUAGGCAAUCUUACUGAUCAAGAGUUGGAGAGUUUAAAUGUAACGAUGACAGGAGAUGAAGACUACGAUGUGUCGAAUUACACUGAUCCGUUGGAUGGCCUGAGACGUUCUUCAAGCGAAGAAUACUGGAGGUUUGCAGUCUUGCAAGAGUCUCCGUCCAUGGAUGAGACGGGAGGCGUGGUCUGGCAACUUGCCUUGUGUCUGCUCUUCGCUUGGAUCGUGGUGUUUCUCUGCGUUGCAAAAGGCAUCAAAUCAUCGGGAAAGGCUGUUUAUUUUACAGCUACCUUCCCGUACGUGUGCUUGUUUGUGCUGCUCAUUCGUGGUGUUACACUUCCUGGCUAUUACAAGGGCGUGGAAUUUUUCGUGACUCCUCGUUGGAAUACACUGACCAAACCAAAAGUUUGGCUGGAUGCAAUCGGUCAGAUAUUCUUUUCUCUAGGGAGUGGCUCAUCAGGAACACUCACUCUAGGAUCGUACAACUCGUUCCACAAUAAUUGUCUCAUUGACGGCUUGAUCGUCCCACUUAUCAACUCGGCAACCAGUAUUUUUGCCGGCUUUGUUAUCUUCUCGAUUCUCGGGUACAUGGCUCACACACAGGGAAAAGACGUCAGUGAUGUGGUUUCGCAGGGUUACGGGCUUGCAUUCGUGGCCUACCCGGAAGCUGUUAGCCGCAUGCCCUUGGCGCCAUUUUGGUCUGCUUUGUUCUUCUUCAUGCUGUUCAUCAUUGGACUUGACACACAGUUUGUUAUCAUCGAGAGGAGUGUGACUGGUCUGGUAGAUGAGUUUGCGUUUCUUCGUCGUCAUCGAUUACUGACUUUGCUCGUCUGGUGUCUGGCCAUGUUCUUCGUGGGACUGAUAUUUGUGACAAAUGCAGGACCAUACUGGCUCGCAUUCGUUAACGCGUACGCGCCAUCAGUCGCCCUCAUAUUUUUCGUGGCUGGCGAGUGUCUGGCGAUCAGUUGGCUCUAUGGUAUCCGACGACUGUUGAAUGACAUCCGAUCCAUGAUUGGCGACAAGGUCGUUGAUUUCCCUCUAUUUAAGCUCUAUCCGUUCGCUUGGGCUAUGAUCGUGCCAUUGUUUUUGUUGAUCGUGGUGGUAUUUAAAUUUAUCACCCGCACUGAGCCGCAGUACAACGGGCCACUGCCGGCAUGGUCGGCUGGUAUUGGCUGGAGUAUCUUCAUCGUGGUUCUGGUUUGGAUACCACUAUGGUGGAUCUAUGCCAUGAUGACGGAAAAGGGAACACUCAAAGAGCGCCUGCAACAGUUGGUGAGACCACGUGACAACUGGGGCCCUGCCCUUCCUGAGAACCGCCUGCAUGCUUGGCAGGUGCACAGGCGGCUAGGCACCAGUAUGGGAGGCAAGCUGAACCCGGACAGCAAAGGCUUACAGAAGAGAGAUGACGAGAUGCAAGUAAAAUACAGUAGUCUUCCCGACCAAAUUGAGAACAAUGCUGUGUAGUUGGGAAGUUAGUCCUCGGAGCCAUAAUACGGUUCCAGUGGUGUUGGCGCAGACGGUUAGGUUACUCUCUCAAGCUAUUAGUAGAUUAGGUACUAAAAAUCAGUGCUUGAUUAUAAUUAUAUUAUAAUUUUUUUAACUUCUGAGAGUUUUGGUGUUUUGUUUUUAAUUAACUUGGAGUGAUUUACAAAAGAUGCACUGUUUUAGGGUCAUGUGGGAUUGAUAAACUUGUGUUAUUUGAUACAAGAGGCGGUUCGAGUGGUGUUGGCGCUAACGGAUACUCUCUGUACUAAAACAGUGCUUGAUUAGAGAUAGGGUUUUAUGAUUGUUUUUAAUUUCUGAUAAUUUGGUGGUUUUUUAUAUUAACUUGAAGUGAGUUAUUACAAAAGAUGCACUGCAUUGCAAGGGCGGAUCCUGAACACAAUUUUUUGGGGGCCAAAAAAAAAUUUGGUCCCCCCAAAAAGUGGGUCAAAAAAAUUAUG